AUGUUAUUAUUUGUGAAGUCUACGUACAACCUUAUUGUGCUUACCCUCUCAGUUUUAAACUUCUGUUUGGUUUGCAAGUUCAUCUCUAACACAGAGGCUCUAUCAAUCAAAUCAUCACCAAAAGCACUCACAAAUCUUCAAGAGAUAUUCCUGCCACCAAUGCUUAAGCUUCAAUCAUUUGUGCUGCUUUUCGAUCUAUUUGUAGGCAUUUACUAUAUCUAUCAAUGGCCUUUAUGGGACAAAAUCAAGAGUAAGUUCGUUUACUAUCAGUAUGAAGCACGCACUGCUGAGAAACAAGACUGCAGCAAUCUCUUUCUCUCCAUACUUUUCAUCUUACUUUCAAAGGUAUCAAUCAUCAUUUUCAAACUCAAGAAUAUCGUACUUACUAAUGUCUUAUUUUAGGGCUUAUCACUGGUGAUAUUGAUAUCAGUUCAAACUCUCAGUAUUAAUGAGAUCGCUAAGAUAAACAAUGAGUAUGCUAAUGAGAAUCAAGAUACGUAAGUGUUUUUCAUGUUAUAAUUACUUAGAGAGACAUUGGAUGCACUGGUUGCCGAGUCUUAGAAAGCUGAGUACGGUAAAGUUCUUAAUACUAUUCUGGGAUUUCUCCUGCUGAUCAGUUUCGUACUAAACCUAGCCACCAUUAACAUGCCUCUCUUGGAAAAGAAACACAAUAGCCUUUUGGAAUAAACUUAAGAAAAGAUUCACAAAAAGUUUGAUGAUUCACAGCUAUCAUCAUCAGAAGCAGCAGCAGGACAUAACAAUGAUAGCCAUUAUUUGAAUCACAGUGGCCAGCAUAAUCAGUCAAGAAAGACUAGCAAAAAAGAGAAGAAAAAUUAGUUAUUAUGA